UGAAAAAAAAAGAGAAAGCAUAUAUAUAUAUAAACUCAUCCGCAUCUCGGUCUGCUCUAACGCCUCCUUGCGCAGCUCUUUUGCCUCUCAUCUUUGUCAAAAGGGAUAGUGAAAAAACAAAAAAAAAUGUCGACAGUGGGAGAGCUUGCUUGCAGCUACGCUGUGAUGAUCCUUGAAGACGAGGGUAUUGCCAUCACGGCCGACAAAAUCGCCACUUUGGUCAAGUCUGCCGGUGUCGAUGUCGAGUCUUACUGGCCAAUGCUAUUCGCCAAGAUGGCUGAGAAACGUAAUGUCACUGAUCUCAUCAUGAACGUUGGUGCUGGUGGUGGAGGCGGUGCUCCCGUUGCAGCUGAUGCUCCUGCUGCUGGCGGCGGUGCUGCUGCUGCUGCUGCUCCUGCCGCUCAGGAGAAGAAGAAGGAGGAACCAGCAGAAGAGAGUGAUGAAGAUUUGGGUUUUGGCUUAUUCGAUUAAGAAGCACAUUUUGCUUGUUUUUCUUCUUCCUAGUUGGUUUUUUUCGUAUCGAGUUGUUACUUUUGUGUCUGGCUAAGGAACUAUUAGUUGUUUUUUUGAACCCAUAUGUUGUAUGACUCAAGUUUCCGGGCAAACCCAUCGGCUCGGGCUUUUGUUAGAAUUGAUUUUGUUUAUUUUUCUUU